UGCUUUACACCUUUUUUUUCUUCUUCUUUUUGUUCUUGAUGAAACAAUCUUCAAGUCUUGAUUACUUAACUUGGGGGUUUUAAUUGCUGCAGAAAUUCGAACCCAUGACUUCCCCGUCAGCCGCCGAGCUCCCGAUAGUAGAGCUUUUCGAUGAGAAUUGCAAGCCUGGAACUGCCGCUUGGGUCUCCAAAUGCAACGACGUUCGACUAGCGCUCGAAGAAUACGGCUGCUUCCUUACGCCUUAUCACCAAGUUUCAUCUCAGCUUCAGGGUCAACUCUUUAACUCCCUGCAACAACUGUUUGAUCUUCCUCUGGAAAACAAGGUUCAAAACACCUCUGAGAAACCUUACUUCGGUUACUUUAAGCACCCUUCGAUUCCCCUCAGUGAAAGCAUGGGCAUUGAUAACCCAACGACUCUUGAUGGAACUCAAUGUUUCACUCAUCUCAUGUGGCCUAAUGGCAACCCAAAGUUCUGUGAAAGUGUUCAUUCGUAUGCAAAGCUGGUGUCCCAAUUGGAUCGAACGGUAAAAAAUAUGGUGUUUGAAAGCUACGGUGUAGGGAAAUACUACGACUCUCACAUGGAUUCCACCAGUUAUCUUCUUCGACUGAUAAAAUAUAGAGUGCCGAAUGAAGGGGAAGAAGUUGAAGAGUGUGGAUUUCCCCACACUGACAAGAGCUUCUUAACCAUACUUCACGACAAUCAAGUAGCCGGACUUCAGACAAAAACUAAAGAUGGCAGGUGGAUAUGUGUUGAGCCAUCGGGUUCAAUGUUCAUAGUCAUGGCCGGCGAUGCAUUCUUGGCAUGGAGCAACGGAAGGGUGCAUUCGGCAACGCAUCGUGUGGUUACGGAGGGGAAGAAGGCAAGAUAUUGCGUGGCAUUGUUUUCAUUCAGCGGCGAGACGAUAGAAGCGCCGGUGGAGCUAAUCGAUGAGGCCCACCCCUUGAUGUUUAAGCCCUUUGAAAAUAUGGACCUGCUGCGUCUCUAUUCCCUUGAUGAUCUUGAAAAAUAUUCCCAGGUUUUCAAUGGCCAGGCCUAACAUGCUUCAAGUGUAUUUGAAGUUU